AUGCGCACCGGUCCCCUCUUCCAACGGCUAGGCCGUCAGGCCCCUCUCUCCUCAAUCCACGCACUAGCACGUGUUGCUGGUGCGCGAACCUUCUCCAGCUCCGGGUCCUCAAUGGACUACUCGCCCCCGCGGAGUUGGACCCCAAUGCCCAUCGUCACCGAAACAGUCGCUGGUGGCUGGCACACCUACGACAUCUUCUCCAAGCUCCUCAAAGAGCGCAUCGUCUGCCUAAAUGGAGAAGUCAACGACGUAGCCUCCGCAUCCAUCGUUGCCCAGCUCCUCUUCCUCGAAGCCGAUAAUCCCAAAAAACCCAUCCAUCUCUACAUCAAUUCUCCCGGCGGCUCUGUGACAGCUGGCCUAGCAAUCUAUGACACAAUGACCUACAUCGCUGCCCCCGUGAGCACCAUCUGCGUCGGUCAAGCCGCGUCUAUGGGCUCCCUGCUUCUUGCCGGUGGUGCACCAGGCAAGCGCUUUUGUCUUCCACAUUCGUCAAUCAUGGUUCAUCAGCCUUCUGGUGGAUAUCAUGGUCAAGCGACGGAUAUCGCUAUCCAUGCGAAAGAGAUCUUGCGUAUUCGGUCGCAGUUGAACAAUAUUUAUAAGCGCCAUCUUGAUGGUCCGAAGAAGCUUGACUUGGAGGAUAUCGAGAAGUUGAUGGAGCGGGAUUAUUUUAUGGGUGCUGAAGAAGCUAAGGAGAUUGGUAUUGUUGAUGAGAUUUUGGAUCGUCGUGUUAAGCCCGAGGAUAAAUGA